GGUAUAACCAGGAUAUUAUCAUUGAAAAAGUGGAGUUGCAGCCCUCAACUGAUGUUUUUUUAUUAUUAUUAUUAAAUCUUUAUUAAGGACACAAAAAUCCUGGUCCAUAGUAAUAAAAAGAACAGCUUACAAAACAAGUAUAAGAAUUUACACAAAAGUAAAAAAAAAAAAAAAAAAAAAAAAAAGUAAAAAAAAUGUUGUCGUUUAUGUUGUCGUUUUGUAUAUUGGCCACCAGCUGUGUGAUUGCAGUACCAGCUUUAGCCACAUGUUUUGUGAUUGCAAUACCAGUUUUGGCCACAAUCCUACAUACUGUUCCUUUAAUUUAGUAGAGCAAACUUAACAAAAAGUAAAGUGGGGCUCAAACCAAACUGCAUUGCAAAGCAAAAGUUUCCCCUUAUCACCACCAGAUGUCAGUAAACUGCAUUGAAAUUGCUUUCAUUUUAUAGUAAUUUUACAAUUUUUUUAAUUAGAGUUUAAAUUCAUUUUUUUUUUUUUUUUGAUUGCAUGGGGUAUAAAUGGGGGAUAAAGAAAGAGUAUAAACAAUUUUUCAGGCACCACUGAAUACGAGCACAACUUAUACAAAAUAUCCAUAAAAAACAUCAGCCAUAUGAUUGCCAAUAACAUUGUGAAAACUUUAUCUCGUUUCUAGUUAUUUUGACUAUCUAAGCUGAUUAUUGUUUCAAUCCCACUGUUUGAGAUUUUUAUUUUUCAGAUUGUAGAGAUGUAUUUUUCAGAUGUGUUUGUGUGAUAUUUCUUUGUUCUUUUUCCAUUUCUAUGUGUUUUUCUAUGUUUUGAAGUUUUGUACACAGAUGACUGAUCAGUUGCACAGUGUGGCUAAAACAAUUUGUACAUUUUUAUCUUAACCCUACAUCAAAUAAAUAUUUUAAAGCUCACUGACAUGUCAAGCACUUACAUCAAAGUAAAAAAACUGAAAUCGACCAAUCCACAGAAACAUCACGGGAAUCAAGACCACAGACAGGAACUUUGUAUGUAGUUUUUGUUUUAUUUUCAUCAUUCGGUUUUAGGCUUAGUUUUCUCACACACUGACUGUACGCAGAAUCUGCUGAGUAAAGAUAAAAAAAUGAUCAAGAAUAUGGCUCACGCUCUGUUUGGUUUGCUUUAUCUACUAAAGCUCUUGUGUGAUGUUUCUUCUGAUGGAGUGAUGACAAACAACACUGAUACAUCUGAUAUCCCAGCUCCUAAUAUUAUCAGAGAUUAUCCUCCGUGUAACGAAGGUCUACAACAAAAUUGUCUGGUGAUGUGUUCGGUGUCGAGUGUUUCUCAGGCUCAGCUCUCGUGGUUUAAUGGAAGUGUUUCAUACUCCAGCAUCACGGUUUCCAAUCUUAACAACAAACUUUAUCUUGUGGUUCAUAAAGAGGAUAAAAACAACUACAGCUGUGCGGUGUCCAGUUCAGAGACCAGCAGCUCUUCAAUAGCAUAUCUCAAUGUUACUCAUCUCUGUCAGAUAUGUUCAGUUGUAACAACAACACUGAUACCAGUGAAUGAAGGGGAGUCGGUCACUUUAUCCACUAACCUUACUAAACUACAUGAUGGGGAUGACAUCAUGUGGUUUUAUGAAAGCACUUUUAUUUCUGAAUUUUACGAAAACUUGACCAUAUAUCAUGACUGUAUUGAUGGUAGAUUUAGUAACAUGCUUCAAUUGGACAGUGAAACUGGAUCGCUCACCAUCACUAACCUCAGUAAAAAACACACUGGACUCUAUAAACUAAAAAGUCCAACUGGAUCACUGAUUAAUCACCAGCAACAAGAAUGUCAGGGAUAUAAUGUUAUCGUCUAUGAUCCUCUGCCCGUUCCUGUCAUCACCAAUGACUCGACACAAUGUUCCCCAUCAUUAAAAUGUGUUGUGAUGUGUUCAGUGAAGGUGACACAGGUGACUCUGUCCUGGUACAAAGGAAGCAGUUUAUUGUCCAACAUCAGUGGGUCUGAUCCCAAAAGCAACUUUCUUUGUAUGGAGGUUGAAUUUCGGGAUCCAAACACUUACAGCUGUGUGCUGAGCAAUUCAUUCACCAACAAAACUACACAACUCAACAUCAAAGCACUGUGUAGAGAAGAAAUCCAAGAAUUUAGCACUGCUGCUAUAACUGUAGCUUCUGUUGGUGUUGUUUUUUGUCUCAUUGUUGCUUUUGGUUUCAUAUGCUGGUUUUGCUACAGGAGGAGGGGAGCAAAUCAAGAGGGCAACAUACCACAGUAUACCAGAUAUAACACUUUUUAAUAGUUUUUAAAAUGAAGAUCUAAAAUAUCUUCUGUUAUUAUCAGUUUUGUUUGUCGAGGAGCAAUAUUUAGUACUUGAACAAUUUCAUGCAAAUGUCAACCUUAUCAUGAAAAGUAAAGUUUUUAUGUGAAUAUUUGGUGAUUUGAAUACUCAUGCAUUGUCAGAAUUGUGAAGUCCAUAACAAAGAAAUGACACAUCAUAAAUGUGCAUACAAAAAUAAAAUAUAUAUAAAAAUGUAAUCUCUUCUCCAUUCAUUCAGGUAUUAUUGAUUCUGGUUUGUGUCUUUUAUUUCAUCGAAAUCCUACAAAGGAUGUUGUCUCACAAAAAUGUUCUGUCCUUUUAUCACGUUUAUAAUGCAUGCAUGUUUCCCUUAAGAGUAUAGAUUGAUAUUUUUCUGAUGUCUGAACUUUAUUAUAGUAAAUAUAAACAGAUGGUUCAACAUGAUAAAUACAUUCUCUGAGAAUUAUAUUUCAAGUUUUGACUAAUGUCACGUCCAUGACGCUGGAAUUGCUCAAUUCUAUAGCUAUCAAAACAUUAUUUUCAUUAGAUACUUGAAACCUGGAGAACAUUGAUGCUUUUAAGGUUGAUUUGUUAGA